AUGUCUUCUGUCGACAGUAAUGCUGAUAAUAAGGUGCUUACACUAUCUGAAGUUCGAGAACUAGCUGAAGACAAGAAUAAAUGCAUAAUAAUCAUCGAUAAUAAUGUUUAUGAUUUAACAAGGUUUCUUAAAGAGCACCGAGGUGGUGAGGAAGCUUUAAAAGUACAACAUGGCAGAGAUGCAACAAAAGCAUUCGGAGAUGUUGGUCACAGUUCCGAUGCACGCGAACAAAUGAAGGCAUAUAAAAUUGCUAAACUCGAUUCUGUAAAGAGAACUGUCACAAACGAACAAUGUGGUGGAGAAGUUCAAAUUCAUGCACUUUCUAUAGCACCACGUCAGCCCAUUUAUUCUUGUGUUAAAUUUCUCGAUGAUCCAAAACGUGUACACUCUAUUCCAUCUGAUAUCAGUACACAAGAUUUGAUUAACAGAUUUAAUGAUGGAACUGCAGGAGGUCAUCUCAAAUAUAUUGGAUAUAAGUCAGAUAUGAAUAAAUCAAGUUUAUGUAUUCACUUUACCGGCAUUCAUUACGAUGCUCUCUUGCUAUUUUCAAAUAAUCCCCAUCAAUUCAUACCAAAAAAUGAUAUAAUUGAUAUGAAUUUUGUGAAAAAGAAAAAAAGAACUAGAUUUAAUUUUUAA